AUCUUGGCGUUUCACUUUUUUGCCUGAAGUCGCCUCUCUCAAUCUGGCGCUCUUCUAAAACCAAGCGCAUCCUUUUUUUUCAGUCUGCGAUCACAUCACGAAAAGCAUCAAUAAUUAUUUGAUGCCCAACCACCCAUUCUUCUUGUUACCUUCUAUUUAUUCGUCUUUGUCGCCAGCUACCGCACCAGCGCGCGCGCAGACAUACACACGCACACCAUGAAGCUUAAUCUCCUCCUCGCGGGUGUCGCCCUCUUGGACACAACUGUGGGCGGCGGCGGAAGUGGUUCUAAGGGUGGCUCAAGUGGAAGUUCGGAUUCCGGCUCAUCCUCAUCCUCAUCAUCAGGCAAGACAGGUUCCUCCAGCAGCAGUUCCUCCUCCAGCAGCAGCUCCAAGGGUCUAGGCUCCUCGUCCUCUUCGACCGGCGGCAGAACCACCACAGGUUCCGGCGUCGCCGCCUCAUACGGCGGUGGCAAGUACUAUGGCGGCGGCACCACCGUGCCGUACCGGUCUGGCGCGCGGUCGACAGGCGGCCUCGUCGCCCUUCCCUUGCUCAGCACGGCCGCGCUGGUGGCAUUCUGGCCCGGCGUGUGGUACCACCCGGCCUACCUCUAUCCCUACUCGAACCCCUGGUACUUCCACAAUGCGACUACGAAUGCGAACGAGACGAAGCCCGUCCAGUGCGGCUGCGAAGAGUACCAGGAGUGUGGCUGCGACGAGAACAACAGCACGGACUAUGUCAACAGCAUCCUGGGCAAUGGAAGCUACAACCAGCUGAACCAGAGCCUGGUCACCGUGGCGAAUGUCAACGGUACCGAUACCAUCCUGCUGAACGGGACGCUACCCAACGGCACGACGGCCAGCGGUGGCACAGACUCGCCCAGUGCUGCUGCGGGCUUCAGGCAUCUGGCGGAGACGGCUGGGUACUGGCCCGUCGUGGUGACUGUGCUGGCUUUGGUGUUCUUUGGCUAAGAAUAUAUUCCUGAUUUGAGUGAGCGCUCGUCCCCUGAUUACGAUGCGUUGCCUCUUGCUUGGUAUCUUCGACUUUGGCGAAUGAAUGACGAUUGGUGAUACUCUGGGAUUGGACUGGCGCAUGACGGUUUAUGGAGAGAGAAAUGGCGUUGGGCGUCUUUUCGCCGGAGUCUCACAGCGAGGUCGGAUAUUUGGCUAGGCAUAACAAUUUUAGCUGUUUCCCCUAAUUCCGAGGUCUUGUAUGC